CCCUGUUUCCAUCCCAGACUCUCCUCCUCCCCGCGCAGAGCGUGCAGCGCCUGCAUACAUAGCUGGCGUCCCGUGGCAAUUCCUCUCUAUUUGGAACUUAAACUUUCAACUCUUUGCAUGCUAUUGCAAAACAGACCUGUGGUAGGCGUGGACUUGUGUGCGUCAGUUUGUAUUUGUAUUUAUCUUGUUCUACGGGUGGCGGUCGGACUCUCCUGCGGACAGCCUCACCUUAAAACGGACUGGACCAGUGAAGAUAGAACGCAUCGGGAGUUAGUGUCUGGAAACUUUUGUCAUCAUGACCAUGCAAGCAGCGGUCAACCUCGAUACCUACAACCUUUCUCUGCUCACCGCCAAGGAGGAUAUUCUCAAUCCCCGCUCGUCCACCAACUGGGCUUUGUUCACAUAUGAAGGAAUCAGCAACAAGCUCAAACUGGCAGACUCUGGAGCGGGUGGUGUGGCAGAGCUGGCAGGAAAGUUUCACAUGGCCAAGCCCCAGUAUGGUCUCUGCAGAAUCGGGACGGCGGAGACAGGAGGCCCGUGCAUCGCUAUGAUCAGCUGGAUGGGACAAAAUGUGGAUGAAUACCGCAGGACGGAAUGUUCCAACCACAUGGCCGCCAUCAGGAACUUCUUCAAGGAGUCCCAUGUGUUUAUCAGUGCAGAGAAGGUGGACGAUGUCACAGAGGAGUUGAUCGCAGCCGAGCACAGUAAAGUUCAAGCGCGAGCGCCCAUGGAGCGAGUCAGAAGGAGCUCCCGGUCUGCAGAGAAAGAAGAGACAGUGGGCACCAACUACAGAAAAACAAACGCUGCUAUGGAGAUGAGGAGAAUCAACAGAGACUCCUUCUGGGCAUGUGCAGAGCGCGAGGAGGAGCAGCGAAAGGAGGAGGAGAGGAGGCGUAUGUUGGAGGACAGAAGGCGUCUAGAGAGGGAAAGAGUUCAGAACGAACGCAGGGAAGCCGAUGAGAGAGAUAGGAAGAUGAACGAAAAGCUCCAGAUGAUUGAAGAGCAGAGGAGAAAAGAGGCACAGAAAGAAGAAGAGUUACGCGGGCAUGAGAAAUCAAGAUGGGUGCAGCAGCAGAGGGAGCAUGAGGACAACAUGAGGGCCCGUUUGAAGAGGAGUGAGUCCAUAGAGAUGGCAGCGGAGGCAGCAGUCCUGGUUUCCCAGCGCUCCAUGAACCCUCGGGAGUUCUUCAGACAGCUCUCUUCCUCGUCUAAGAGCCCCCUCAGCCCCACAUCUCCCCGCAGUGGUACAGGCAGACCCCCGGCACGGCGCUACCAGCGCAGCCUGACGGACACGGCCUUCAUCUUCUCCAAGGCCCCCGAGGACAGCUCCCCUCGCAGCCCCCCGUUCGUCUCCCCCUUCUCCCGGGGGCCCGCCUCUCCGAUGUUCCGCUCGCCCCCGCCCACCAGCCCCGACUUCCAUCCUUCGCCCCAGAGCCGCCCGCCCCCGGCCAAGUCCCCGCCCCCUUCCCCCGUGCACCCCGGUCCCCCGGACUCGGCCCCGCCCAGCCUUCCGUCUCCCGGGGUUACCCUGCGUCCCCACAACCAGCGCCGUCGCCACAGUGCGUCGGACGACCCAGCCACCGCCAUCGCCACGUCCCCCGCCCCGCUGCAACCGUCCGCCCCCCCCGCCUCGCUCCUGGCGUCCUGUCCCCCGGGAGACGACAGCGCCUCACCCGCCCACGCAGGGGAGACCACGCCGAUGACACCACCCGAGAGCCAGGCCUCCCAGGCCCUCGGCCCGGGUCAGGCGUGGGCGGUCCGGGCCUUCUCCCCAGUCCAGGUUGAGGUGGACCCAGUGCCACAGGCACCCAGUGUGCCACUUCCCGUCAGUCCACAGCCCAACAGAGACCUCCAUGCUGCCACUCCGGUGCACACCGAGCUGGACUCAUGCUACAUAGCACAGGCUGUGUUGGUGGAGGAAGAAGAGGAAGAAGAGGAGAAUGAAGUAAGGAAGGGUGAAGAUGAACCCGCGCCAGAGCCCCGACCCCCUCCUACCGCCCCGCCGCACCGUCAGCCCGUCGCAGUGCAGACAGAGGAGCCGACGGCCCAGGAAUCGGACACAGAACCAGAGGCUGCUGUGGAAGGACCAGUGAUGGUGGCGGAAGACGGGGGGGCGGAGGAUGAAGAACUGGUGAACGACCAACAGCAUUGUGCUCUGCUCCCGCAAGAGUCAAGCAUGUUGGUCCACUUGGAGGAAGAGCCGGGGCUAGAAGUGGCCGAUACGGAAACGAAUGGACAGCAAAUCACACAGGCUACGGUGAUUGUAUCAACCAAUGGCUUCACAAACGGGGACACUGUGGAAGAAAACGGCAUAGAACGAUCCCUAAGUCCAUCGGACACCGAGCUCAGCUCCCCAGAGCUGUCUGGGUGCUACCACCUCGAACCCGUCAAGGGAGAAUACAUUAAAGUGGAGGAGAAGGAAGAGGAAGUUGAGGAGGAGGAGGCGGAGGAGGAGGAGGAGAAGGAGGAGAAAGAGAAAGUGGAGGUUUAUGAGAAUGGACAAGAGGAAAUUAUGGAGACACAAAUGUGCGUGAAGGCCCUCUAUGACUACCAAGCGGCAGACGAAUCUGAGAUCUCCUUUGAACCCGGCGACAUCAUCAGUGAUGUGGAGACGGUGGACGAAGCCUGGUGGAGUGGCUGCAGCAAAGAUGGCCAACAAGGCCUGUUCCCUGCCAACUAUGUGGAACAUAUUUAGGAAAAUAUUCACAUGGUCGCAACAAGACACACACACACCCAAUUCAUUUAUCAUAACAUACACCUUUUUUAUUUACAUUAUUCCAGCACUGUAAUGUUGUUAUAUAUGUUCCAAGAUGUAUUUGCAGAGCAAUACAUAUUUCACAUCUGUAAGACAGUCACACACAGCCCUAAAGAAAUAUAGAGCACAAUGAGCAACUUUUCAUAUAUUCAAUAAACCAUGUAUAAUUCACUCUCUGAUGCAAACAUUAAUUUGUUUUAAUCCAAUGUGUAUUGCUCUGAAACCAAUUGUAAGUCUCUUUGAAUAAAAGCGUCUGCUAAAUGCCUUAAAUGUAAAUGUGUGGAGGUUACGAUUUUGAUCCCUGCUCGGAAAUAUUCUAAAUUAAUUUACUUUUUGUUUUGUUAUUGUCUUUAUUAAAUAUUAGUAUGCCUAUAUUUAAGACCGCUAAAGAGGGGCUAUGUUACAGUAUUGUGGUUGCUUUUUGUAUAGGGUAUGUAAUAACAUCUCUGGUCUGUUCAGAUUCUCUAAAUGCUUCACAGUGGUGUUCAGAACCUGCAUCACAACAGGACAAAAGAUUGACGUAUAUGAGCACUGAUUUUAGAAUCUGCUUUUCUCCACUCUCUCCAGUGUAAUUCCGGGGAAAAUUGAACCCAGGCUCACAGUUUUGGUACGUAAACACAUCAAAUUAGCCCCCCAGAUACUUUCUCCAAUAAAAAUCGAGGAUAGAGUUUGCGCAGCGGAAUUUUUGGCCCCCUUGUUAUGGCUAGGGGCAUAGCGAACGCUUCCAUAUCUGCAUCUAUUUGACCACUAAUAUAGCUCAAAAUUGCACCAAACCUCUCCAGUAGCAUUCUUAGGGUCGCUACACAUAAAACUAAGCAUCAACAACUUAGUUAGCGUAACGGGAGUUUAUUAUAAAAAGACUGUUUUCCAAGUCUGUGCAAUUACCGGUAGGUCCAUGUUUCCAGGAAGUCAACACAAGUCGAUUACCGGCUACCGUAAAUAAUAUAAAAGAGACGCCAACGAAUUUUACUUAACGGUCUCCCCUCGUGAUACUUGGAAGUUUUAAAUUUGUUUGCGUCUCUUUUGGAACAUUGACCUACUGGUAAGGCACAGAAUUGGAAAACCCGCUACGCUAACUAAGUUGUGGACGCUUCGUUUUAUGUGAAGGGACCCUAAUCAUGCAAUUGCAGAGGUUUGGUGGUAUUUUGAGUUACAUUAGUGGUAAAAAAAAGGCCGAUAUGAAAGCGUUCGCUGUGCCCCUAGCCAAUAACAUGGAAGCAAAACAUUGCGCCGGGCAAACUCCAUACUCGAUUUUCAAUGAAAAAAAAGUAUCUGGAGGGCUUAUUUGACAAGUUUACAUGCCAAAACAAAGACCCUGGGUUCAAUUAACCCUUCGGCCGGGAUUACACUUUAAUAAUAGCUUGCAUUUUGUUCAUGAAUGUGUUUUGUUCAUUAUACCAUUACGUUUGUUAUCUCAUUCUUCUUAAGCUAUUUGAUUUCUGCAGUAAAUUGACACUAUUGACAAAGUAAUAGAUCAUGUUUUAUCUCAUACCUAUCAUGAUGGUUUGUACGAUUAAUUUUGGAUGUUGAUAAACAGUUAAUAUUGUU